CAUUAAAAAAACAAAAGAAGAAGAAGAGAAGCCGCAGCACAAGAAAAGAAGAAGAAGAAGAAGAAGAAGAAGAAGACCUGAAAGAGAAGGAGUCGACGUCCGACAAUAAUAGUGUAGUAAACUAAAUCUCAUCGUUUUUAGCACAAUAGAGACGGUUUUUGAAGAUGACUACUUCGUGGAGUGACCGGCUGCAGAACUACGCCGACCUGCCGGCCAACAUGGACGGUGUGUCCAUGAAGAAGUACCAACGCGAAGCUCAUCACAGCUUUCCACGGGAUCGGACACAAAACCAUCCUGCAAUGAGAGUGUUUGUCAACCGAAGUCUGGCUAUGGAGAAGAUCAAGUGUUUUGGUUUUGAUAUGGAUUACACUCUGGCAGUGUAUAAAUCUCCUGAGUACGAGUCGCUGGGCUUCGACCUGACAGUGGAGCGUCUGGUAUCGAUCGGUUACCCGCAAGAGCUGCUCAACUUUGUCUACGACCCUUCCUUCCCCACCAGAGGUCUGGUGUUUGACACGAUGUAUGGAAACCUGCUCAAAGUGGACGCCUAUGGCAACAUCCUCGUGUGUGUGCACGGGUUCAACUUCCUGAGAGGACCUGACAUCAGAGAGAUGUACCCCAACAAAUUUAUCCAGCGUGGAGACACAGAACGCUUCUACAUCCUCAACACACUCUUCAACCUGCCUGAAACCUACCUCUUUGCUUGCUUGGUGGAUUUCUUCAGUAACUGCUCCAGAUACACAAGUUGCUCCACUGGUUUCAAAGACGGAGACCUUUUCAUGUCGUACAAGAGCAUGUUCCAGGACAUCAGAGACGCUGUGGACUGGGUUCAUUUCAAGGGCUCCUUAAAGGAGAAGACGGUUGAAAACCUGGAGAAAUACGUGGUGAAAGAUCCGAAGCUGCCUCUGCUCCUCAGUCGUAUGAAUGAAGUAGCCAAAGUAUUUCUGGCCACCAACAGCGACUACAAGUAUACGGAGAAAAUUAUGACCUACCUGUUUGACUUCCCUCAUGGCUCCAAGCCGGGAACCCCCCACCAACCCUGGAAGUCCUACUUCGACCUGAUCCUGGUGGAUGCACGCAAGCCCGUGUUCUUCGGGGAGGGAACCGUGCUGCGACAAGUCGACACGACCACGGGUCGGCUGAAGAUCGGCACGUACACCGGACCUCUGCAGCACGGCAUCGUUUACUCCGGAGGUUCUUCAGACAUCGUCUGUGACUUGCUGGGAGCUAAAGGAAAAGACAUCCUGUACAUCGGAGACCACAUCUUUGGAGACAUCCUGAAAUCCAAGAAGCGUCAGGGCUGGAGGACGUUCCUGGUCAUACCCGAGCUCGCACAGGAGCUGCACGUGUGGACGGACAAGAGCUCCAUGUUUGAGGAGCUUCAGUCCCUCGACUGUUUCCUGGCAGAGCUUUACAAGCACCUGGACAGCAGCAGCAAUGAGCGGCCUGACAUCAGCUCCCUGCAGAGACGCAUUAAGAAAGUCACUCAUGACAUGGACAUGUGCUACGGGAUGAUGGGAAGCCUGUUUCGCAGCGGGUCCCGACAGACGCUGUUCGCCUCCCAAGUGAUGCGCUACGCCGACCUGUACGCCGCCUCUUUCAUCAACCUGCUCUACUACCCCUUCAGCUACCUGUUCAGAGCCGCACACGUUCUGAUGCCUCACGAGUCGACGGUGGAGCACACGCACGUCAGCAUCAUCGACACCGAGUCGCCGCUGGCAACGCGAAACCGCCACGACGUCAACCUCAAGGAGAUGGAGGGCAAACGGCACCAGCUGACCCGCUCCAUCAGCGAGAUCCAGCCCCCCCACUUCUUCCCCCAGCCUCCGCAGGAGAUCACCCACUGCCACGACGAGGACGAUGACGAGGAGGAGGAGGAGGAAGAGGAGGAGGAGGAGGAGGAGGAGUAGCUCCUCUUAGAGCAGUGAAUCCUUGAUCGCAUGUCUUUUAUUUUCCGCUGCAGGCCGGGAGCAGGUGAGUGGUCGUCACCAUCGUCACCGUCUCCUGGUCUGGUUCGUGUUGUCGCUUCCUGUAGAUUUCAAAGCUCUUGCUUCAUCAAGAAGGUGGAACGGUGUCGUGAGGUUGUUUGUAGAUAGAUGUGUGUUUGUAGUGUACGUUUUUUUUGUUUUGUUAAAUUCUCCUGUUUAUCUUUAGUUCAUGCAUCCACUCAUUGCAAUACAUUAUAGGAGUCCAAGUCCCUGCUGUUUGCACUGUUUCUCACUUUAAAACAUGCACAACAAAGAAAAGUUUCAAAGGACACAUGAGUCGCAGACUUCAUCGUUUUGGGACCACACAGUUUCAAGCUUCCAUCCCUGGAACGGCUUCAAUUAUUUAUUUAUUUCUCCCACAUAAUCAAAGAGAUCAUCACCAAACUCC